CUAUCUGCUGCCAAUUACUUCGAUUGGGUUGUUAAACAACACUUCCCUUCUCCCUUUCUCCUCUCUCUUUUUUUUCUUCCUCUUAUUCUUCGCCUUCAAGCACACAACAACUGCAUAUUCAUCAACCAUCAUCUAAUCGACUCUGUAAUAUACACCAUGCCUGGACCAGAUGAAUGGCUCGAAACUGUCAGACAAUGUCAACCCUUACCAGAGCUCGAGAUCAAGAAGCUUUGCGAGAUGGUGAAGGAGUUGUUGAUGGAGGAAUCCAACAUUCAACCUGUACGUUCACCAGUUACCGUUUGUGGAGAUAUCCAUGGACAAUUCUUUGAUCUAAUGGAGUUGUUCAGAGUCGGAGGAGAGAUUCCAGAGACCAACUACAUCUUUAUGGGUGAUUUUGUUGACCGAGGAUUCAAUAGCUUGGAAACAUUUACACUUUUGAUGGUCCUUAAAGCAAGAUGGCCUGACAAAAUUACACUCCUUCGAGGAAACCAUGAGAGUAGACAAAUUACACAAGUUUAUGGAUUUUAUGAUGAAUGCCAAACCAAAUACGGCAACGCCAACGUCUGGAAGUACUGUUGUCAAGUGUUUGACUAUUUAACGCUGGCAGCUAUUGUGGAUGGUCGUGUGCUGUGUGUUCACGGAGGACUCUCGCCAGAUGUCAGGACAUUGGAUCAAAUCCGCACCAUUCAACGUUGCCAGGAAAUCCCACAUGAAGGAGCAUUUUGUGAUCUGAUGUGGUCUGACCCCGAUGACAUCGAUGGCUGGGGAGUCAGUCCGAGAGGAGCAGGAUGGCUGUUUGGUGCCAAGGUAACAAGUGAGUUUAACCAUGUCAACGGUCUGAACUUGAUUGCACGUGCCCAUCAGCUUGUGCAAGAAGGCUUCAAAUACAUGUUCCCAGAUGACAACCUCGUUACAGUCUGGUCUGCACCCAAUUAUUGUUAUAGAUGUGGCAAUGUGGCGGCUAUUCUAAAACUUGAUGGACCUACAGUGGAUGAAUCCAAUUUCAAAAUCUUUUCAGCUGUAGAAAUUCAACAUACCCAGACAUCCUCCGGCGCCGGUGGAAACCAAUACUUUUUGUAACAAAAGCAAGCACAAAGCCUCAGCCUAUUAUCACUAUGGCCAUUUUUUUUAAACUGCCUCUAUCAUCAUUCGUUGCGAGUGUGUAUUUUUCAUCUCCUUGUCUAGCUCUCUAGCAGUGUCAUAAUACUUCCACACCCCUUCAAAUAUAAUAAAAUGUUUAUGUGUUUAUUUCGAU